CAUCAAUGGGCAAUAUUUGUCGAUAAAAUCCAAUAAUUGAUAAAGAAAACAAUGAAGUCAAUACAUCCCAACUUCCAGCUGUUCAAUAGGCAGUGCCCCCAAAACCAGAAGAAGUGAAGACUGAUGUCCCUCAGAUGCAAGUUUAACAAGAGAAAUAAGCAGAAUAGAACAUACAAAAUGAUUAACCGAAGCAAGAAAAUGAAGUAUGAGCACAAAAUAACCUUAUGUUAGCCCAAAAGAAAAGAGUAAAAAAAGAUGGCUAAAAUUGCUGCUGUUAUUGAUUAGGAGGUCAUAUACGAAAAUGUAUAAAAGUAAGAAAAAAUCAAAAGUCCCUUCGAUUAUCAAUUAUUAUUGAAUGCUUUUAGUAACAGUUUUAUUUUUGGUUAAUUGCAACCUGAGGACAAGUAUGAUCAAAUUUUAUGUCAAGAGUUAAAGUCAUUGAAACUAUGUUUUACUGCACAGUCCAUGAUGGCUAAAUGGUUUUUAAGUAAGGUGACAAAGCCAGUUCUUAUUUUUUGAUUGAGAGAGGCCAAUGUCAAAUCAUCAUUAAUAAUGAAAUUAAGAAAACACUCAAAUCAGGGGAAGCCUUUGGAGAAUUGGCUUUACUUUACAAUGCUCCCAGAUCAGCAUCUGUCAAGGCUGUAGGAGGUAAAUCGUGAUCAUUAUGAAUCAUAGACUGUGCAUUUUGGGCUAUUGAUAGAAAUACCGUAAGAAAGGCUAUUGAAUCAAUAUCGUAACGAGAUUACGAGCAGAAUAAAGAAUUUAUAAAUAAAGUAUAGUUUUUCGGUAACCCAUUAUUUCAUCUAUAGAAUCUUUAACCGAUGACUAAAAAGCAGCCAUACCUGCUGCUUUGAUUAAUCUCAACUUUAAAGCAGGUGAAAUUAUUGUCAACGAGGGCGAUUAAGCAGACUCAUUCUUCAUUAUCAAAAAAGGAGAAAUCUAGAUAUCCAGAGGAGGCAAGGAAUUAAGAAUAAUGAAGGCAGGAGACUCCUUAGGAGAACAAGCACUUCAAUCCAAUUCUGUAAGAGGAGCUACUGCUAAAGCCAUUAAAGAAGACGUGGUAGUUUUAGCAUUAGCAAGAGACGAUUUGACAAGAAUUCUAGGAGAUAAGAUUUAAUUCAUCAUGUAUAGCAAUCUAGAGAGAUGGGCAUUUGAAAGACAUCCAAUACUUAAUAAAUUAACCAAAUUGUAAGUUGAAAGAAUUGUUAGCAAUAUGAAACAAGUUUAAAAGAAGGCAGAGGAAUCUAUCAUUGAAAAAGGGUAGUCUUGCAGAGAAAUUAUUAUUGUAUUGUAAGGGUCUAUAAAAUAUGGCAAAGAAGUUUUUGAAAAGGGAUAGAUGUUUGGUGAUAAAUUCUUGGAUUAAGGAGAGAAUGUUAAAUUGGGAGAGCCUGUUGUUAUGAAGGAUGAUGGAAUGAUUGCUGUUAUUACUUUUAAGCAAUUCUUUGAAAUUAUUGGAGGUUCUUUAGAGUAGAUCUUUGCUAAGAAUGAAAAAGCUCAUGAUAGAUUUAUUAAGAAAGAAGAUGGGCAAAAAUAAGAUGUUUAUAAGCAUUUUGAAUUAGAUUAAUUGAUAUCAGUUAAGAAAUUGGGUUAAGGAUAAUUUGGUAAUGUUUAUUUGGUUUACAAUAAAUUGGAUAAAAAGACAUAUGCUCUCAAGUGCAUUUCAAAAGCUUAAAUCAUUGAAUAGAAUCUGGAAAAACAUCUAGCUUAAGAAAAGAUUGCUUUGGAAACUGUCAAUUUCCCAUUGAUUAUGCAUUUUGCAAGGAGUUUUAAAGACAACACUUAUAUUUAUUUCUUAGAAGAAUACAUUAGAGGAAUGGAAUUAUUUGAUGUAAUUAGAGAUAUUGGAUUGCUUAACACUUAUGACUCUCAAUUCUAUGUUGGAUCAUUGAUAUUAUGCAUGGAAUAUUUGCAUCUCAAUAAUAUUAUUUACAGAGACAUUAAACCUGAGAAUAUUAUGAUAGAUGAAAAAGUACUCCCAUUUUAUUAUUAAUUAGGGAUUUAUGAAACUAAUUGAUUUGGGUACUGCAAAAAAUCUAAAAAGCAAAAACGGUAGAACUUAUACUAUUAUUGGCACUCCACAUUACAUGGCACCUGAGAUUUUAACAGGAAAAGGAUACACAUAUUCAGUAGAUCUGUGGUCUAUCGGCAUAUGUCUCUAUGAGUUUAUGUGUGGUAAUGUACCUUAUGCUGAAGAUGCAGAUGAUCCGUAAUUAAUUGAAAUUAAUAUUUAGCUAUGAAAUUUAUGAAGAAAUUCAAAAGAAAUCUCUGGCUUUCCCUUCAGUUCUAAAAGACAGAAAAGCUAAGAAAUUGAUAGAAUAAUUAUUAAGCAAGACUCCUGAGUUGAGACUUGGUUCAUCAUAUGCAAGUCUAAAAAAUAAUUCCUUUUUUGAAAGAUUUGAUUAUGUAAAUGUAGUAUUAACAAAAUUAGGAUAGUUUGAUUAAUAGAGAACUUAAACCUCCCUAUUUGCCACCUAAAAAUAAAUUACAUAGUGACAAAGAUAUAUAGAAAGCAAUAUAAGUUGGAAAAUUGAUCUCUGAAGAAAUAAAAGUAUAUUAUUAAUUAAAAUAGAAUGAUCCUGCUACUGCGUCAAAUGUAUAUAGGCCAGAAAAAGCACGUGAUCCAAAUUGGGAUAAGGAGUAUUGA